AAUGGAUUCCAGCUAUACAACCACAUCGCAUCAGCCAAUAUAUAAUCUUCAGAACUUCUCACAAACAAAAAUUGACAUGGCCUCAAAAUUAUGCCAAGCCAAUGAGGUUGAUGAUGAUGACAAAAUAAAAUGUAUCUAUGAUGUAAUACUUACAAAUGAUCCAACAAUAGCCAAGCAAGGUGUUCUGACUUCUAAACAAUGCAAAAAUCAGUGUUAUAAUAGGGGUGUUUGCCAAGAAAAAGGAUGUAUUUGCAUUGAUGGUUGGUCAGGAGAAUAUUGUGAAAUUGGUGUUUGUGGGGAAUGUAUUAAUGGAAAUUGCUCUGGUGGAUUUUGUUCUUGUUUUAAAGGUUUUGAAGGAUCAACUUGUGAGAUUGAAGCAUUUUGCAAAAAUAAUUGCUCAUCAAGAGGAGUGUGCGUGAAAACUGGAAUUUGUGAAUGUGAAGAAGGAUGGACAUCAAACAAUUGUUCAGAAAAGGCAAUUUGUUCAAGAGGAUGUUCCCAAAAUGGUGUGUGCAUUGACCAUAAUAAAUGUAAAUGCAACAUGGGAUAUACAGGAGACAUUUGUUCAUUGUUUAGUUGUGAAAAUUUAAAUUAUUGUUCAAAUCAUGGAUCUUGUAUAGGUUUUGACAUUUGUUUCUGCAAGGAAGGUUGGCAAGAAGAGUCUUGCUCUAUACCAAUUUGCAAAAAUCAAUGUUCUUUAAAUGGAGAAUGUAUAAAUCCUGACCAAUGUAUUUGUAUUGAUGGAUUUGAAGGUGAAUUAUGUGAUUCAAUGAUAAAUUGUCCUCAUUUGGACAAUUGUAGUGAUCAUGGAAUAUGUAAAACAAAAAGAGUGUAUUUGUGA